AAGUGGUGGGGAGAAAAUGCAGGAAAAGGAGAAAAACUGGGACAAAUGCAGCCUCCUGUGCUGUGGGCCUGGCAGAAAAGGGUUAAGCGAAGCGGUUGGAUGCUGCAAGCCUUGUCAGGGUUGUACUAUUUUUUCUAGUGCAUAAGGAGAAGGGAGAGGAGGGUUGCACGGAAAAGGGAAAUUUCCAAGGAAAGAGGGAUCUGCGACAGUAUCUGCACCUCGGGUGAUGAAGAGAGGAUCCAACAGGCAUAAAUGGCCUGGAGACGGCUGAAAUCUUUGCCGAGGAGGUUGGGACCAUGGGGUUAUUUUCCACCUGCCUCCCCUACCCGGUUCUGUAAUCCUGGCUCAAAGUAGACAAGUCGAGUUGGAGCUGAAGAAGGGAGGCGAUGCCACACCUCCCGAGGACACUGGGGACAUCGGGGUUUGCUGAGCUUAGCAUCUUCUUACCGUCGUACCGGAGGCAUCAGACAGACGCUCAUCUGCCCUGAAGUGCAGAUCUGCAACAGCUACCGAGAAGACUCUGUCUCUCUGUCUCUCUGUCUCUCUUUUCUCUCCCUCUCCAGUCCAAACCAUUACAAGACCUGACUUCCACCAUCUGGGAAUCUAACCCCUUUUAUGUCCCUUCUCCUUUUUUCUACGAUGACUCACCAUUAUUUUUAACUUUGAAGAGAGAGGAAAUUAUGGGGAUCUUGGAAGCCUGUAUUUCUCUCUAGGAUUUCCCCAGGGUCAGAUAAUCGGUGUUACUAAAGAGACACUAAGAUUUGGCUUCUCCAGCAGGGGCAAUUUUCUUUCCUUUUCUUUUUUAUUUUCUCUCUUGUUUUGUUCUCUCAUCCCUUCGCCUUUUCAUGAGACACUUCCAAACCUACGUACCUGUCCUUCCGCAGGAUAGUAGCCCUGCCCUGAACCCGAUCCCACCACCGGGCACUGGGAAGUGUUUAGCAUAAGGAUUUCUUUUAAACCCCAAUAUGACAGUUGCUACUGGAGAUCCUGCAGAUGAAGCUGCAGCUCUUCCCGGUCACCCGCAGGACACGUAUAACCCUGAGACCGACCAUGAAUGCUGCGAGAGGGUGGUCAUUAAUAUCUCAGGGCUGCGCUUUGAGACACAGCUCAAGACAUUAGCCCAGUUUCCAGAGACCUUACUAGGGGAUCCUAAAAAGAGAAUGAGGUAUUUCGACCCGCUCCGGAAUGAGUACUUCUUUGACCGGAACAGACCCAGCUUCGAUGCCAUCUUGUACUAUUACCAGUCUGGUGGGAGGUUGCGGAGGCCAGUUAACGUGCCCUUAGAUAUCUUCUCAGAAGAGAUUCGUUUCUAUGAACUGGGGGAAGAAGCAAUGGAGAUGUUUCGGGAGGAUGAAGGUUACAUCAAAGAAGAGGAAAGGCCGUUGCCUGAGAAUGAGUUUCAGAGACAAGUGUGGUUGCUCUUUGAGUACCCCGAGAGCUCAGGCCCUGCCAGGAUUAUAGCGAUUGUCUCCGUCAUGGUGAUUUUAAUCUCCAUUGUCAGCUUUUGCCUGGAAACGUUGCCCAUUUUUCGGGAUGAGAACGAAGACAUGCACGGCAGCGGGCUGAGCCACCCCCCCUACUCCAACAGCAGCAUGGGGUACCAGCAGUCCACCUCUUUCACAGACCCCUUCUUCAUCGUGGAAACACUUUGCAUCAUCUGGUUCUCCUUUGAGUUCUUGGUGAGGUUUUUCGCCUGCCCCAGCAAGGCUGGGUUUUUUACCAACAUCAUGAACAUUAUAGACAUCGUAGCCAUCAUUCCCUAUUUCAUCACCUUAGGGACAGAGAUGGCCGAGAAGCCGGAGGAUGGUCAGCAAGGCCAGCAGGCCAUGUCCUUGGCCAUCCUUCGAGUCAUCCGCUUGGUGCGGGUCUUCAGGAUCUUCAAACUCUCCCGGCACUCCAAGGGGCUGCAGAUCCUGGGGCAGACUCUCAAGGCCAGCAUGCGGGAGCUGGGCCUCUUGAUAUUUUUCCUCUUCAUUGGCGUCAUCCUCUUCUCCAGCGCCGUCUACUUUGCCGAGGCCGACGAGAGCGAGUCCCAGUUCCCGAGCAUCCCCGAUGCCUUCUGGUGGGCUGUGGUUUCCAUGACGACUGUUGGCUACGGAGACAUGGUCCCCACGACCAUCGGGGGGAAAAUAGUGGGUUCCUUGUGUGCCAUCGCUGGCGUAUUAACGAUUGCCUUACCAGUGCCCGUCAUAGUGUCUAACUUCAAUUACUUCUACCACCGGGAGACGGAGGGAGAGGAGCAGGCUCAAUAUUUGCAAGUAACCAGCUGCCCAAAGAUCCCCUCUUCCCCUGACCUAAAGAAAAGCAGAAGUGCCUCUACUAUUAGUAAGUCUGAUUAUAUGGAGAUUCAGGAAGGCGUAAAUAAUAGCAAUGAGGAUUUUAGGGAGGAGAACUUGAAGACAGCCAAUUGCACCCUAGCUAACACAAACUAUGUGAAUAUCACCAAAAUGCUAACCGAUGUCUAGUGGCUAAAAUCUAGUAACCUAUUUAAAGCUGAAGUGGAACAAUUGCAGAUAUUGAGUGCUGCUCUGCAUUGUAGUUACUACAGUAUUUUCUACGGUGUAUAUUUGGUUCUGCAUGGGAAGCAAUAGCUGUGUAAGUGACUUUUAACCUUUGAUUUCCACACCCAAUAAGCGUUCGUGCAAAAAAACAA